GUUAGUUGGUGGUUUGUGGCUACCUUUGACCUGCGGGGGGAGAGAGACGGGGGGAGGAAGGAGGAGAUCUCCGGUUUCCCCCAAACAAUAGUCGAGAGGACGCGAUGGUCGCCGUUUUUUUGAAACCACAGGGGAAGUUUAGGACCCUCAUUGGCCCUAUUGUUGUCUUCACGGAGGCCACGUAGACCGGAGGGUUUGAGUUUAAACACUGGAGGAGGGUCAUUGACUUAAUAGAUUUUAUUUUUAUUUACUGGAAAUGAGGAGUCAGAGGAAGGAUGCAUGUGGUAGGAAAAGCAGCGCGUCCACUUUGAAUCCAGGCCGACGGUUUUGAAGCGUCUCCCCGGGUGAAGGUCUGAAAUCACGGCCACCUCAGCUCUCCCCUGCUGCGACUCUCCCACCCGCCAUCCUCUCCCACCCCUCUUCCUCCUCCUCCUCCUCUCCAUAGCCUCCCCUGCUCUCCCGCCUCCCUUCUCCUGCUCCCUCCUCAUCGGCCUCCAAGAUAGAUUCCCUCAGGAGCAAGGUUGACCUGCUCAAGCUGCCCUUGGCCCUCUCCACCAAGUCCAUCUCCGAGCGCAAGAGCCAGCUGGGAGGAGUCGGCGAGCAGCGCGGCACGGCGGGAGGAGGAGGAGGCGGGGCUCGCAAAGCCCGCUCACCGCCGACCCGAGACAUGGACAACGAGUCGCAGUACUCGGGCUACUCAUACAAGUCCUCCCACUCCCGAAGCUCUCGCAAGCACAGGGACCGGAGGCAUCGCUCUAAGAGCCGAGACAGCAGCAGUCGUGCCGAUAAAUCUGUGACCAUCCAGACUCCCGGGGAGCCGCUACUUGACGCGGAGUCGACCCGAGGAGACGAGAGGGAUGAUAACUGGGGAGAGACCACCACCGUGGUCACCGGCACCUCGGAGCACAGCAUCUCAAAUGAAGACCUGACACGAGUCUCCAAAGAGCUGGAGGAGACGACUCCACUGCAGUGCAAGCGAUUUGUUGGCCCGGCACUGGGAGGCUGCCUGAGCUUCUUCGCACUCGUCACGCCUUUAGCCUUCCUCAUCCUCCCGCAGGUGUUGUGGCGUGACGCCCUCGAGCCCUGCGGCACGCCCUGCGAAGGCCUCUACGUCUCGCUGGCCUUCAAGCUCCUUGUGUUGCUCAUCUCCUCCUGGGCUCUUUUCCUCCGCCCUCCUCGCGCGACGCUGCCGCGCUUCUUUGUGUUCCGCUGCCUGCUGAUGGUGCUGGUGUUCCUGUUCGUGGCGUCUUACUGGCUCUUCUAUGGCGUGCGGGUGCUGGAGCCCAGGGAGAGGGACUACAGGGGGAUUGUGGAGUACGCCGCCUCGCUGGUGGACGCCCUGCUCUUCAUCCAGUACCUGGCUCUGGUGCUGCUCGAGGUCCGACACCUGCAGCCCGCCUUCUGCCUUAAGGUGGUGCGGAGCACAGAUGGAGUCAGCAAGUUCUACAGCGUGGGCCACCUCAGUAUCCAGCGGGCAGCUGUCUGGGUGUUGGACCGCUAUUACAGCGAUUUCCCCGUUUACAACCCGGCAUUGCUCAACCUACCCAAAUCCAUCCUGUCCAAGAAGAUGACUGGCUUCAAGGUUUACUCCCUGGACGCUUCAUCCACUAAUUUCCUGCGUCGUCUUGUAGAAAACACCACCAACAACUCGACGGGUCAGUCCCGGGCCAUGAUCGCAGCUGCUGCCAGGAGGAGAGACAACUCCCACAACGAGUUUUACUAUGAAGAGGCAGAGAUGGAUCGCAGGGUCCGCAAACGCAAGGCCAGAUUGGUGGUGGCAGUAGAAGAGGCCUUCACUCACAUCAAGCGUCUCCAUGAAGACGAGGUUGCCUCAUCCCCGAAGCACCCACGUGAGGUCAUGGACCCACGGGAGGCGGCCCAGGCCAUCUUUGCUCCGAUGGCCCGGGCCAUGCAGAAAUACCUGAGGACCACACGUCAGCAGGCGUUCCACAGCAUGGAGAGCAUCCUGACACACCUGCAGUUCUGCAUCACACACAACAUGAGCCCCAAGGCUUUCUUGGAGCGUUACCUCUCUCCUGGCCCCACCAUGCAGUACCAGCAGCAGAAUGGCAGAGGGCGCCAGUGGACUCUGGUGAGCGAGGAGCCGGUGACCUCAGCUCUGCGUCAGGGUCUGACUUUCUCCCUGCGGCGCCUGGACUUCUCCCUGGUUGUCACGGUGACGCCUCUGCCCUUCCUGCGCCUCGGGGAGGAGUUCAUCGACCCAAAGAGCCACAAGUUUGUCAUGAGGCUGCAGUCGGAGACCUCGGUGUGAGGGUCGGAUCCUUAAAAGCGUUGUGUCGCCUUCCCUUUUUUCUCUGUCCGCUCUUUUUUCCGAGCUCGGUCUUGCUGGAUCACUGAUGUGCGGGACACGUGGACGCCCUGUGGUCCAGUCAUUCUUUCUCUGUGACAAAAAAAAAAACCUCCUGUUUUCUGAUCAUCACAGAUACACAGAUGUCAAAACUGUGAUCAGCUCGAUGAUUGCCUGAACCCUGGAAAUAAACGGAUGCCUUGACUCUUUCUUUUUCUUUGUUGUUAAGUCUUUACAAUGCGUUGCUAAGAAAAGAAGAAAAGAAAAAAAAGAAAUACCUUUUUUAAAAGGGGGGGGACUUUUUGUCUCUCUCUUGCCGUAACCACUGGACUACUUUUACUGUGUGUGUGCUGAGUUAGCACAUGAACACCAGAGGAGGGGAAUACAUCUGUCACUUCCUGUGUCAUGUGUGUUUUUGAAGCUCAGCUCCGACUAACGCUGGUCUACCACUGCCUUCUUCUUCCCUGAGGGUAUUUUCCAUUUGAAAUAACGAGGACCUUUUUUUUUUAAUAUUAAAAUGUGUGACUUUUUUUAUCUUCCUGAAUGUAGCUUCAUGUGGGUUGAAUUAACACGUCGCUUUCCUGUGGCCUUGAGGCUGAAAUGUGUAAAAGGAAAAAAAAAAAAAAUGGAAGAACAUUCCUACUCCUGGACUCUUGUUUGUUCACGGAUAUCUAAAUAUGCAGCUUUAGUUUCACUCGACACUGUAACAUGGAAUCGAAAAACACCUGGUAUUAACGUGCAAACCCGCAUCUGAAAAGCAGGAAAACAUGGCCAGUAAUCCCAAGUCAAAUCAUGCCUCCUGCACAUUAAAGGGAGAGUAUGUGAAGUUUAGCAGCAUUUAUUGGUGACGUUGCACCUUUCAAGUGUUUCUGAGAAUCGAUGCAGCCUUUAGUCGGCGUCAAAACCCAACAGAUGUUUAGUUUGUCCAUUGUUUUGCAUUAUGUUAAAGCACGGUGGUCCAAAAUGACGGCCUAAAUAAAUAUCUUAUUGCGAUUAUUUUGACAGGAAUUGUGAUUGCGAUAUAAUUCGUUUCAUUCUGAUUAAAUACCUUAAAAUAAGUAUAACUAUUUGUUACUUAUUGUUUUUUUACUCACUGGAACUUUUUAAAAACAACAGGAGUUGAGCCAAAA